AAAGGGGUAAAUCAGCACAACUACACGCUUAAUCUGCCCGGAGAAUCGCUUCGUGGCGCUGGCCGACUCCACGUUCCGCUGCACGAUGUGCGUCUCCUUUGCCAGCAGGCGGUGGGAUUUGCCACCUGUCGGGGGAAUGUUCAACGGGUUUCCUCGCUGUUGACCGAGCGGACCUUUCUUACAAUCUUUUUUUGGGGUCUUUGGAAAAAAAGAAAGAAAAACCGUUAACAUUAUUCUAUGCGGGUGUUCGCCUGCGUAUUAGAGAAAUAAACCCGGACAACUUUUGUCUGCGCGGCGCUGCGCAAGAGAAAGUGGUGAGAAGCGGUGAGAUUAUAAACUGAGUUCCUGAGCCCCUCCUCGGGCUUUGAAGAUUAAAUGGUUGGCGACGUCUGAAGGACAUUAAGAAGUGGAUUAGGCAUUGUGUAGUGUAACCUACUUCUUUCCCAUCACUCCUACAUCGUGUCCUCUGAAUAUCUGCGCAAUGACCUUUGGCGCACUUGGAAUGCAGCGGGUGCGUCCGUGAGGUGUUGGUGUGAGUUUGACUACAGGGCGACAUGUGGUGUGAUCACAGAAACUCAAAUCAGGUGGACAGGCAAUAAGGCUUGACAGAAGAUGCGACGGGGGUGGUGGCUCGUCAGAUGGCUGGGGACCGGAAUGGCAAUCCUCUCCUUACUGACCCACAGCUGGGGCCAGGACACAGAAGGCUGGCAGUACGAGGAAUGUAAGCUGUCCCGACCAGGGCCCCCUGCAACCAUAGUGACCAUUAACGAGGAGAGCCCCAAUGGUACUGUUUUGGUGGAAAACAUGCAGAUCAAUGGUCGCGCCCAAGACCCAGGCAGAACCAUCUCGCUGACGCUGCUGGAGAACUACGACUACUGGGUGAUCCUGGAACCCGCUCGACAGAGGCUCUACCUCAACAGCACCGGGCGCAUUCUGGACAGAGACCCGCCCAACUCCAUCACCACCAUAGUGGUUCAGGUCCAGUGCACCAACGAGCUGGUUGGUACGGUCAUUUUCCACGAGGUACGGAUUGUCGUGAGGGACGUGAAUGACAACACGCCUCGCUUUCAGCAGCCACGCUACUAUGUUGCCGUCAACGAGCUCACGCCGGUUGGAACGACCAUAUUCACUGGCUUCUCAGGAAACAACGGCGCCACGGACAUUGACGAUGGGCCUAAUGGACAUAUAGAAUACGGCAUCCGUUACAACCCCAGUGACCCGGCAUCGAACAGUACAGUGAGUGUGGCUAACACCCUUUCAGGAUUCAUUAUUCUGGCAGAGAGGCUAAACUAUGAGGAGACAACUCGCUACCUGGUUUUGGUCCAAGCCAAUGACCGCGCUCCGCACCCGCCUAACCGACGAACUGCCACCACCACUCUGACCGUGGACGUCCUGGACGGAGACGACCUGGGCCCCAUGUUCCUGCCUUGCGUUUUGGUGAACAACACCCGUGACUGCAACCCCCUCACCUAUCGUGUUGCCAUCCCUGAAUUCACUGAACCGAGCAAGCUGAACCCACUGAACGUGACCCCUGCAAUCCGGGCGGUGGACAUGGACAGAAACAUACAGCCACCAUCAGACAGACCUACAAUUCUUUAUUACAUCCUGGUUGGUCAGCCAGUCACAUACCCAGCAUUUUUCUCCCUAAAUAAAACCACUGCAGAGCUGCGUGUCUUGCAGCCUAUCAGCAGAGAUUUAUAUCAAAGGUUCACUCUCAUCAUCAAGGCCGAACAGGACAACGGUCACCCCCUCCCAUCCUACGCUGACCUCAUUAUCGAAAUCCUGGAUGAGAACAACCAGGCACCGUAUUUCCAGUUUGUCACCUAUCAGGGUUACGUGAGCGAGGCCUCCCCAGUGGGUACGACUAUCUCAGCCAGUGCCAACCUCACGGCUCCGCUGGGAAUCAUCGCUCUGGAUAACGACAUUGAAGAGACGAAAGACCCCAUGGUUAGGAUUACCCUGAAUGACCACACCACGAUCUUCAGCCUGACCCCAGCAGGGAUAAUCCGCUACCUUAUGCUCAUCAAACCUGUGGACCGGGAGAAGCAGAUGGCCUACAGCUUCACGAUGGUGGCGUCAGAUGGCAUCCAGCAAAGUAUCCCAGUCACUGUCAACAUCCUGGUCAUUGACGCAAAUGACAAUACGCCCACGUUUGCCGAGGUCUCCUACAGCAUUGAGGUCUUCACAGACAUGCAGCCGGGGGAGACGGUGCUACAGUUAACAGCAGCAGACGCUGACGAGGGACUGAAUGGUCUGGUGACCUAUGAGAUACUGGCCGGUGCCCAGGGACAUUUCAUCAUUAGCAAUCGCACUGGACGCAUCACUGUGGCGCCGGGUGUCACUCUAACGGUGGGACGAUCUUACGCACUCACUGUCAAGGCCUCUGACAACGCACCAGAGACCCAGAGGAGGAGCUCCAUCACUACAGUGUACAUUGAGGUUUUGCCUCCCAACAACCAAAGCCCCCCACGUUUCCCCCUGCUCACCUACAACCUGGAAAUCAGCGAGGCCAUGAGGAUUGGGGCUAUUCUGCUCAAUCUGCAGGCCACGGACAGAGAAAACGAUCCAAUUACGUACCGCAUUGUGAGUGGAGAUUCCCAGAAGGUCUUUAACCUCUCUGAAACGAUUGGCCUGCUGCUUCUGAGACAGCCUCUGGACAGAGAGAACACCGACCAGUACCUUCUGGUUGUCACCGCCUCCGAUGGGAACCCUGGAGGGACAUCGACUGCUACUGUGAACAUAGUCAUCACUGAUGUCAACGAUAAUGACCCCGUGUUUGACCUGACCAUACCCACUAAUUUUACUGUCCAAGAAGAAAAGGCCAAUGUUUUUGUUGGACAAGUCAGGGCUACAGAUCCAGAUGCAGGGGUUAACGGAUUGGUGCGCUACAGGAUCGUGAAUCAACCGGACUUGUUUGUAAUCAGCGCUAAUGGUAGCAUCUACACAAGAGUGCCUCUCGACCGGGAACUCCGGAGCCAAUAUGACCUGGUGGUGGAGGCCUCCGAUGGGGCCGUGGAUCCACGACGGACCACUUUGACCCUCUCAAUCCAGGUCACGGAUAUCGAUGACAACAGCCCGGUCUUCUCCCAGCAAACGUAUGUGGCUAAUGUCCCUGAGAACAGCCCAGUGGGAACUGUGGUCCUGAAGCUAACCGCGGUAGACUCAGACCUCUUCUCCAACGUCACGUAUCGGAUCAAGACCGAGUGGGCCAGGCAGCUGUUUUCUCUGAAUCCUGUCACUGGGGUGCUAACUGUGCUGCAGACCCUGGACUUCGAGGACCUGGCUGCUAUGGGCAUGGGGGCCACUUUCACUUUCCAGGUGGAAGCUGUCGACCAAGGAGGGGUCACGCCCCCGGGGCAGGCUACCGUCACGGUCCGCAUCACGGACAUGAAUGACUUCUCCCCCAUCUUCACCCAAGAUCUGUAUAAGGGCUUGGUGGCACCCAAUGCAGAGAAAGGAACUGUCAUCACAACUGUCUUUGCUGAGGACAAAGACCCACCAGGUACCCCGGCCAGUUUUGUCCGCUACAAAGUGGACCUGCAAAGGUCACCGUACAGCGGGAGCAUCUUUGAUGUGGAAGAGGUGACUGGAAGAGUCGUCACCAAGGUCAACCUCAAUGAAGAGCCCAGUGUCACUUUUAAGUUGUUUGUGAUAGCAUAUGAUGAUGGGGAGCCUGUGAAGUCCAACAGCUCUUUGGUGGAGAUCACUGUUCUUCAGCCGUCCCGCAUCCCGAUUUUCACCCAGGAAGAGUACAGGUUUCCUCUGGUUAGUGAGCUGGCUCCACUUGGCACCUUGGUGGGGACUAUUCUGGCGGCUGCUAUCAAUCAAACCAUCUUCUACUCCAUCGUGGCAGGAAAUGAACUAGGUCAUUUUCGGGUGAACAACAUGACCGGCGUCAUCUCCACAGCUAAACCUUUGGAUUAUGAAAAUGUGACCAGCUACGUCCUUCGGGUCCAGGCAGACUCUAUGCUGGUUGUCAUGUCCAACCUGCGGGUGCCUUCUAAAACUAACACAGCCAAGGUGUUCAUUGAGGUGCAGGAUGAGAACGACCACCCGCCCGUCUUCUCCCGGAAGCUGUACAUAGGCGGCGUGACGGAGGACAGCAAGAUCUUCAGCUCGGUGCUCAAGAUAGUGGCCAAUGAUAAGGACACUGGGAAUUACAGUGAGAUGGCAUACCGGCUGAUUAUCCCGCCCACACCAGAGGGCCAGGACAGUUUUGUCAUCGAGACAUACACGGGUGUCAUCAAGUCGGCCAUCAUGUUUCGAAAUAUGCGCAGGUCGUACUUCAGGUUUGAAGUUAUUGCCACAGACGAUUAUGGAAAAGGUCUCAGCAGCAGUGCUGAAGUGGUGGUAUCCGUGGUCAACGCGUUGGACAUGCAAGUUGUCGUGUCCACCGUCCCGCCAACUUUAGUGGAAGAGCACAGAGAGGAGCUCAUUAGGAUUUUGGAGCGCCACAUCCAGGACCAGAUUCCAGGUGCCAAAGUGAUUGUAGAGUCAAUCGGACCACGUCGUCAUGGCGAUGGUUUUGAACUGGAGGACUACAGCAAGUCGGACCUGAUGGUGUACGCCAUUGACCCGCUCACCAACAGGGCCAUUUCACCCAAGGAACUUUUCAAAUUUCUCGACGGAAAUGUGCUGGAAAUCAACAAGGAGUUCCAGCCAUAUCUGGGCGAGGGUGGCCGCAUCCUGGAGAUCCGCUCCCCGGAUAUUGUGGCCAGUGUGAAGAAAGCAGCCCAAGCUGUGGGCUACACGGAGGGGGCUCUCCUGGCUCUGGCCAUCAUCAUCAUCCUCUGCUGCAUCCCUGCCAUCCUCAUCGUCAUGGUCACCUACAAACAGUUCAAAGAGCGACAGGCAGAGUGUGCCAAAACUGCCAGGAUUCAGAUGGCUUUACCACCCGGAGGGAAAACAGCUCCGGCGGUGGCUCCCGGCGCUAACCUCUACGAGGAGCUGGGUGACAGCAGCAUCAGGCGAGGCUACGGCAGACAGCAACAGCAACUGCUGAGGCCAUCUCUUCUGAGACCUGAGGAACUCUCCAUGGAGUCAGGUAUCGAGCCAGGCCAGGACUACUACACACAAGACUACUAUAAUUACGACCAAGGGUACGACAUUCCUCAGUAUGGCAGUCGGAGGAAGCUGAUAGCUCCCAUGUAUGAUGAAUAUGGAGAGGUGAUCAUGGAGGACGAUGGGUAUUUCUACAGUCCUCAAGGCCCCGAGGGUCGAGGCAGAGGCAGGGGACGUGGUCGAGGUGGACCCAAGAGGGUUGCGUUCAGGGACACGCCGCCAGGGGAUGAAAUCGAACACGCUGAGCCAGCAGUGGCGAGCGAGCCUUCUAAGGCUGCCAAGAAACUGAAGUCUGUCAUGAAACUCAGCAAAUUCCUGGCUGCCGGCAAGCAGCCUUCUGAUGCCGGUCCUUCUGGCGCAUCUCCAUGGAAGAGAGCCAAGAUGCUCAAGAUGUUUGGUGCUGGGAAGAAAGACCAGGAUUAUGCCAAACUGAUGUCAGCCCGCCGCAUUGACAGCCAGGAGAGUCUGAGUGGCAUACCAGCAGUUUUGGGACCUAUUGACAGCAAGUCUGAUACCCGCAGCCGACUUGGCAAAGUUCUGAAGAAAAUCAAAUUAGGCAACAAGUUGCAGUUUCGGAGGAAGUCGAGAAGUAGUCAAGGUUCGACAACAGGCAGCGAGAGAGACGAGGAGGAGUCACAAGUAGCCAGUGAGGAUGACAAGAAGUCUAAAGUGUCCAUUAGUGUAACAGAAAGUGAGCCAGAAGCAGGGACAAGUGGAAUCAGUAGGGAGAAAGACUCCGAUGAAGAAUCCUCGGAGAAAAGCAGCGUUGACAGAGAUUAUCUGAAAGUAGAUUUGGACAGGGACGAUGCCAAUGAAAGCACUGUUGACUCAGAGGAAGAGCCUGAUGAGGACCUGGGGGAUUCUGAUGAGGAAAGCAAGUCCAAAUCUGAAGGAGAAGAAACAGAAAAGGAAUCGGCCAGUGAAAAAGAAUCUGGGACUGAAGGAGAAUCAGAUUCCGAGAAAGAUUCAGAGUCAGAGAAGUCAUCACCGACAGAGAAAGAAUCUGACACUGUGAAAGACUCAGAUUCUGAGGAGGAGUCAGAAUCUGAGAAAGAAACCGAAACAGGAACAGGCACAGCGACAGAGAAGGAAACUAGCACAGAAAAGGAUUCAGGGACGGAGAAAGACUCCGAUGAAGAGUCUGAGGAAGGGAGCACAAAAGAAAGUGGGUCUUCUGCCCGCUCUUCUAUGAAGUCAUCAGCUGAGGGCAGCACGCGGAGCAGUGCUUCAGGUAGUGGCAGUGGAAGUCGCACCAGAAGUGGCAGUGGAAGUGGCAGCGCAACUGGCAGUAGAAGUGGCAGUGGAAGUGGCAGCACAGGUGACACCAGAAGUGGCAGUGGAAGUGUCAGCACAAGUGGCACCAGAAGUGGCAGUGAUAAAAGUAGGAGUGGCAGUGGUAGCGCUAGCAGUGCUGCCUCUUUAUCUGGCUCAAGUGUUCGGUCAUCACAAAGGACCAGAUCAUCGGUACGCACAGUGGCCUCGGAGAAGUCCAGUGAAGAACUCAGUGAGGGCGAGUCAGGAACAGGGACAGCCAGUGAGGUGGACUCAGUGUCAGGGAGUGAAGGCUCUAUGUCUCGAGGUUCCAGCCAGAGGAAGAUGUCCGGGUCAGAGUCCGGUGAAGGCUCUUCAUCUGGCAGUCACAUAAUGGACCGAAGUUCUGUGGUAAGCGGGGAGAGCAGGGCGGGAUCCAAAUCCACCAGUGGCAGCCGGCGUUCCCAAAGGUCCGUUCUGAGCCGUGGAUCUGAGGACACAAUCACAGAGGAGAGUGAAGAAGAGAGUGAGGCUGAGUCUGAUACUUCGGAGGAGAGCAAAGAGUCAGUCAGUGAGUUCAGUGAUAAGGCGUCACCUUCGAAGUCCAGUGUGGCGUCCAGAGACCCGGGGCCUUCUGCUCCCUAUACUCGUCCACCAUACAGCUCGGACAUCAGGAGUAUCGGUGACACCUCUGUAGAAACCUACGGCGGACUGUCCCCCAUCACUGAGGUAGAUGAGGAUGCCAUCUCCUCUGACAAAUCCUCGACCAGUGUCGCCUUUUCAGAGGCCGGCAGUACUUCGAAGGACCCAGGAGAUACAGAAGCUACUACAUCAGAUGCAGAGUCUGAGUCUGAAGGAAACUCAACUUCCUUCUAGAGAGAUUUAUUGUCCACCGUGAACUUGGGAAAAACACGCGGAUUAAGCUGGUGGUAGAUCGGGAGAAGGAGACCAGCUCCACGGGAGAGGAGACCCCCACUGAGACUCAGAGAAACCGACUUCCCAACAGUCACGG